AUGACCAUGCCAGGUUGUAAACAGGAUCCUUCAGCCACAGUUUAUGGACGCAACGGUUAUUUCACAGCAUCAGCAUGGACAUAUAAUACAGCCCCUCAGCCAUGCCCAUUUGGAAAAAUACGCGCUUUGCUUAAGUUCAAUCAAAUGAGUUUAUCAAUCCCUCCAAACGCACACAUUACAAGCGCCACGCUAAGAUUAUUUGGCGCUGGUUCUGGAGCUUUCUCUUGGUAUCUUGGUGCACCAUAUGUUGUAUACUAUCCAAGCCAUUUCAAUUCAAAUGAAUUGAAUAUUACACGAAUAACUGCACAGUGGAAUCCAUUAACAGUCACCUGGAAUUCACAACCACAAUGA